AUCUUUGCGGGCAAGGUGCUUAUCGACGUCUGGUUUAAAGACCUGCCUACUGACUGGGUUCUUGAAGUUAGUCCUAAUGGCUGGACGAAUAAUCAGCUUGCUCUUGCGUGGUUAGAGCACUUUGAUACCUAUACAAAGAGGCAGACUGUGGGUGGGUAUCGACUGCUUAUUAUCGACGGCCAUGAGAGCCACUGCUCCGUCGAUUUUCAAGAUCUUUGCAAGGAGAAGAAUAUCAUUCUUCUCUGCAUACCUGCGCACUCGUCUCACCUAUUGCAGCCCCUUGAUGUCGCCUGCUUCUCGCCGUUGAAGCGCAAGUAUGGCGACUCGAUCUUAGGCUUGGCACGCAACCGCACCAGCUAUAUCAGUAAGGAGACCUUCCUGCCAGCCUUUAAGGCUGCUUUUGAGCAGUCUAUUACGAAGGAGAAUAUCCAAGCUGGCUUUAGAGGCGCUGGUUUAGUCCCACACGACCCACAGGCUGUGCUAUUAAAGCUUGAUGUAGUGGUGCAGACACCACAUCAAUCACCGCGACGGGUAGCCGCCUAG